CACUACAGUUCAUGAACACCUGCCUUUUUCUCUGUAAUAAAUAUGGCAUCAUUUUUGCUAUCUUAACAAUAGAAGUAGAUAGUAUAUUAAUAAGUUUAAGAAUAAAAAAAAAACGUUUAGAAGCAGGUAUUUUUAAACGUUUAUAAUAUAGUUAUCAAAAAAUAAAAAUUUCCAAUAAUGGCUGAUUUUAUUCACUCCGAAGCAGAGGAAAGUGAGGAUGAAGAAGAAUUAGACCACCAUGACAGGAAGAAACUUAAGAGACUUAAAGCAAUGGAAGAAAGUGAGGAAGAAGAUGAAGAAGACGAAGAGCGGAUGCGUGAGGAAUUGAAAGAUUUAAUAGACGAUGGUCCAAUCGAAGAAGACGGAGAUGAUAGCGACACAUCACAGAGAUCCAAGAAACGCAAGAGAAGUGAUAAUGAUUUUGAUGAUCGACUUGAAGACGAUGAUUAUGAUUUAAUUGAGGAAAAUUUAGGCGUUAAAGUAGAUAGAAAACGUUUUAAACGUGUGCAAAAAAUUGAUGAUGAAGAGUCGGAAGAAGAAGCAGUGCAGGAGGAAGAGAGGGAUGCAAUUGCCAAUGAACUGUUCGAAGGAUCUGGUGACGAGGAUGAUUUAAGAUCUGAGCGAAGUCACCGCGUCGUAGAGUCUAGAAUCGAUGAAGUGAGUGAAGGAGAUUCUUCUGAUGCUGAUGAUUUCAUUGUCGAUGAUGAUGGUAGACCAAUUAGAGAAAAGCGGAAAAAGAAACAUAUUUUCACUGACUCGGCACUUCAAGAAGCUCAAGAUAUUUUCGGCGUGGACUUUGAUUAUGAUGAAUUUGAAAAAUAUGGCGACGAAGACGAAGAAGAGGAAGAGGAGGAUGAGUAUGAAGAAGAAGGCGAUGUUGAGAGACCGAGAAGAUCAAAGAAACAACCGAAAAAGAAGACAACUAGAAAGAGUAUUUUCGAAAUUUACGAACCCAGUGAACUUAGACGUGGACACUUUACCGAUCAAGAUAAUGAGGUUCGGAUUACUGACAUUCCAGAGCGAAUGCAACUUCGUUCAGUGCCAGUGACUUCGGUGCCAGAAGGUUCAGACGAAUUAGAUAAUGAGGCGAAGUGGAUUUACGAGCAAGCCUUCUGCAAACCGACACUUUCCGUUCAAGAUGCGCACUUGAACGAUGAAGCCAAGGAGCGUGCUAGGGAACGAGCAAGUAAUGGACCGCAGACAAUUGGAAAAAUCAAGAAAGCUCUCGAUUUCAUGAGAAAUCAACACUUUGAAGUGCCUUUUAUUUCAUUCUAUCGAAAGGAAUACGUUUUACCCGAACUGAACAUCAACGACUUGUGGAAGGUCUAUAAAUUCAAUGCAAAAUGGUGUCAGCUGAGACAGCGUAAAGAAGAUCUAAUAAAGCUUUUCGAUAAAAUGAAGAACUACCAACUGGAGGAGAUAAUGAAAAAUCCCGACGCGCCCUUACCGGACGGAAUAAGAAUCAUCAAAGACGAUGAUAUCGAUCGUCUUGAAAAUGCUCAAACUCCCGAGGAGCUCAACGACAUGUAUCGUCACUUCAAAUUGUACUACAGUGAGGACAUUGAAUUGAUGCAAGAAUCGGUGAGAAUAAAGGAGCGCGAGAUGCGAAGGCAAGAGAAGCUCGAAAGACGAAAGCAACUCAUAGCCGAAGCCGAAGAGAACGGCGAGGAUCCACCUCCGGAGGAAGACGCAGAUGAAGAGGAGAAUGAAGUUGACGAUGUCAUCAAGAAACCAGUGAGAAAUGAUCCUUAUUCGGUUUGUAAGAAAGCGGGUCUACAUUCACUUUCGAAAAGAUUUGGUCUCACUCCAGAGCACUUUGCCGAAAAUCUACGUGAUAAUUAUCAGCGUCACGAGGUCGAUCAGGAAAUUGCAGAUCCAUUGACAGUUGCCGGUGAAUAUUGUGGACAAAAAUUCACAACUCCCGAGGAAACGAUAAAAGCUGCACAGUUAAUGGUCGCAAUUCAAUUGGCUCGCGAACCGUUGGUUCGUAAAUCCGUGAGGGAUAUGUACAUGGAGAGGGCGAAAUUGUCCGUACGACCGACGAAGAAGGGAAUUAAGGAGAUUGACGAGAAUCAUCCGGUUUAUAGUAUGAAAUACUUGAAGGAUAAACCGGUCAGAGAUUUUGUUGGUGAUCAGUUUCUUAAACUUGUCAUUGCUGAGCAAGAUAAGUUGAUAACCAUGUCAUUUAGUGAUUCGUUUGAAGGCAAUACCACCAGUAAUUAUAUUGAUGAAGUUAAACAACUUUACUACAGAGACGAGUUCAGUAAAACUGUUCAAGACUGGAAUACACUUCGAGUCGGCAGUGUGGAAAUGGCUUUGACAAAAAUGGUCAUACCCGAUUUGAAGAAAGAACUCAAGAUAACACUUAUCGCCGAAGCAAAAGAAUGCGUUAUGCGUGCAUGUUGUCGUAAGAUGUACAAUUGGUUAAAAAUUGCACCCUACACUUGCGAGUUUCCCGAUGAAGAAGAUGACGAUUGGGAUACAACUAAAGGUUUGCGAGUUAUGGGCGUGGCUUACAUUCCCGACGAAUCCGAAGCUCCAUUCGCUUGCAUAGUAGCGCCUGACGGUGAAUGUACAGACUUCUUGAAAAUACCUCAUAUACUUAAACGUAAAAAUAGCUUAAGAGAAAGUGAAAAGGUAAUGAAGGAGGCUGAUCUCCUAGCGGUUCGUAAUUUUAUAGCAACGAAGAAACCUCAUCUCAUUGUAAUUGGUGGCGAAACAAGAGACUCCCAAAUGAUUCAAGCCGAUCUUCGCGAUAUAAUUUUAAACCUCGUUGAUGAAGAACAAUUCCCUAAUAUUCAGGUCGAGAUUUGUGAUAACGAAUUCUCGAAAGUUUACGCGAAUAGUAAUAAAGGCAUCACAGAUUUUCGUGACUAUUCCCUUCAAUUGCGUCAAGCCAUAUCUCUCGCGCGGAGAAUGCAAGAUCCACUUUUGGAAUUUUCUCAGCUCUGUACUCCUGAUAAUGAAAUACUUUGUUUGAAAUACCAUCCUUUGCAAGAUCAGUUUCCUCCUGAGGAUUUAUUGGAGAAUCUUUAUUUAGAAUUUGUUAAUCGAGUCAAUGAAGUGGGGGUUGAUAUAAAUAAGGCAGUUCAACAGGCUUAUUUUAGUAAUAUCGUACAGUUUGUUUGUGGUCUGGGUGCUAGAAAGGGACAGGCUUUGCUCAAAAUAAUGAAACAGACGAAUCAGAGACUGGAGAAUAGAACUCAACUGGUUACUGUUUGUCAUAUGGGACCUAAGGUUUUUAUCAAUUGUGCCGGUUUUAUAAAAAUUGACACGAACAGUCUGGGUGAUAGUACCGAAGCCUAUGUGGAGGUUUUAGACGGUUCUAGGGUCCAUCCCGAAACUUACGAAUGGGCCCGAAAAAUGGCAGUCGACGCUUUGGAAUACGACGAUGAAGACGCGAAUCCCGCGGGCGCUUUGGAAGAAAUUUUAGAAGCUCCCGAACGAUUAAAAGAUCUCGAUUUAGAUGCAUUUGCGGAAGAGCUCGAUAGGCAGGGUUUUGGUAACAAGAGUAUCACUCUUUAUGACAUCAGAGCGGAACUUAAUUCUAGAUACAAAGACUUGAGAGCUCCGUAUCAGUCCCCUAAUCCCGAGACUCUAUUCGAUAUGCUGACUAAGGAAACGAUGGAAACUUUCCACACUGGUAAGUUGGUUUUGGCCAAAGUAGUCGGCAUCACUCACAAGAAACCGCAGGGGGAACAACUCGAUCAGGCAAAUCCGGUUCGUAAUGACGAAACCGGACUUUGGCAGUGUCCCUUCUGCUUGAAGAACGAUUUUCCCGAACUUUCGGAAGUGUGGAAUCACUUUGACGCUGGAUCGUGUCCGGGAAAAGCGACCGGGAUAAGACUACGACUCGACAAUGGAGUUUCGGGUUACAUACACAUAAAGAACUUGUCCGAUAAACAUGUCGCUAAUCCUAAAGAACGAGUUGCUAUCAACCAACCGAUUCAUUGUCGCAUCACAAAGAUAGAGGUGGAGAAAUUUUCCGUCGAAUGUACGAGCAAGAGUAGCGAUCUAGCGGAUAAGAAUCAUGAAUUCAGACCUCAGAAAGAUCCGUUCUAUGACAAUGAGGCUGAGGAGAAGGACUACAGAGAAGAAGAGGAUGCUAAGAAAACGAAACAAAAGCAGAUUUACAUCAAGAGAGUUAUUGUUCAUCCCUCUUUUCAUAACGUCGGAUUCGUAGACGCGGAGAAACUGAUGAAAGACGUGAAACAAGGGGACGCUAUCAUCCGUCCGAGUAGUAAAGGCGCGGACCAUUUGACCGUCACCUGGAAAGUUGUGGACAACAUCCAUCAGCAUAUCGACGUCAAGGAGGAGGGAAAAGCGAACGAUUUCUCCCUCGGAUCUCGCCUUUGGAUCGGCGGCGAGGAGUUUGAAGACCUCGACGAAAUUCUAGCCAGACAUAUAAAUCCAAUGGCCGCGUACGUAUCCGAAAUUCUCGACUUCAAAUACUACAAAGCCGGAAUCGACGGUAUGAAAGACAAAGCUGAGGAAAUCAUCAAAGCCCAGAAGAAGGCGAAUCCAUCCGGUAUUCCGUACAUUUUAUCAGCGGCUAAAAACUAUCCGGGCAAAUUUCUAUUAUCAUACCUCCCGCGAGCGCAAUGCAGACACGAAUACGUGACCGUCACUCCGGAGGGUUUCAAAUUCAGAGGACAAAUGUUCAGCAGACUACCGGACACUGUCAAGUGGUUCAAGGAGCAUUUCCGUGACCCGAUUCCCGGACAAGCGACGCCUAGCACCCCACGCGGAAUGAUGAGUGCAAGAACCCCGUACAUGGCGACACCGGGAACGAUGAAUGGAACGUUUGCUCAGACGAUGCCUCAUCCGAUGAUGAGCUCGAUGUCACAGGUGCCGAGUCCAAUGACCGGACACACCACUCCGGGCACGCCGCAUGGAAUGAUCUUCAGGACUCCCUACAUGCCGACGACACCCGGACCUAUUACGAUGACCCAGGAGGCGAUUCAGCGAGUGGCUCAGAGCAUGCCCCAUCAUAUGUUGAGCUCCCUGUCGCAGGUGGCGAACCAAACUUAUCCGCAUACUCCGGCGACUACUUACGAUGGAAUGCAGUCUAUGACGCCUUACACUCCUUCCGAUCAGUCCCAAUUGAACGGGAGUCACCGCGGUCAUAAGUAUACUUCCACGCCGCAGGACAGAAACGGACGGUACAAGAACAGAACUCCGCAGAACGAACCGAGUGAUAUGGACGAUAAUCCGUUCAGUGUCGGAUCAUCCAGGGAAGCGUCCAGGGAACGGGAUACCGGAAGUAGGGGGUUUAAUAAUAGAGGUCGGGGCAGAAACCAGAAUUCGAAUCGGGAUAAUAGUUUCAACCCUCCGGAUGAUGAUAAUCCAUUUUCGGUCGGGUCCUCGAACGAACGGAGUAGGAACGAUAAUUCCUUCUCGUCAAAUUCGAGCGGUUCGUUUAACAAGAGAGGAAGGGGGCGUGGUGGGUACAAUAGAGACAACUAUUCGAAUUCGCGUCGCGAUUCUGCUCCACCUGAUAAUGAUAAUCCCUUCUCGGUUGGAUCGUCGAACGAUCGGAGUAGAAAUGACGACGAAGAUAAUAGUUCGACAUACUCGAGUGGGACGAAUAGGUCCUUCAAUGGGGACCGCAGGGGCGGAAGGGGAGGGAGAGGAGGAGGAAGAGGCGGCAACUUCCGGCCCAAGGGAGGCGACUCCGGUUCUAGAUACGACACUCCAAUGGAUGAGGAUAAUCCCUUCUCGGUCGGAUCUUCGAACGAUCGGAGUAGAAACGAAGACUCUAGGGACGGGGACAGUUCCUACAAGUCCGGAAAUGAUGACAGGUUCAAUAAUCGCGGUGGAAGGGGAGGAAGAGGUGGGAGAGGAAGAGGAGAAAGAGGUGGAGGACGAGGAGGAAGAGGAGGUUACGAUUCCGGUCCUAGGCAGAGUGCCCCGCCUAUGGACGAGGACAAUCCGUUCGCGAUCGGGUCCUCGAACGAUCGCAGCAGACACGAGGACGAGGCGAUGGACACCGACAGUAAUCCCUUCUCCAAUGAUGACAACAGAUCGUUCAAAGGCGGCAGAGGAGGCCGAGGCGGAAAUCGCGGUUCGAAUUUCCGAAACAAAGAAUUUCCGCCAAGAACUUCUAGAUACGACGCACCUGCGGACGAUGACAAUCCGUUCUCGGUCGGGUCCUCCAACGAUCGCAGCAGAAACGACGACGGGGACAAUCCAUUCAAGUCCGGAAAUGAUGACAACAGGUACAAUCGCGGUAGAAACGACGACUCUAGGGACGGGGACAAUCCGUUCAAGUCCGGGAACGAUGACAACAGGUUCAAUAAUCGCGGUGGAAGGGGAGGAAGAGGUGGGAGAGGAAGAGGAGAAAGAGGUGGAGGACGAGGAGGAGGAAGAGGUGGAAACUUCAAUAAAGGGAACUACGAUUCCGGUCCCGCUCCAUUGGACGAUGACAAUCCGUUCGCUAUCGGAUCAUCCAACGAUCGCAGUCGCAGCGACGACAAUGAUUUCUCAGGCAACAGAUCUUUCAACAGAGGUGGUGGAAGAGGCAAUCGCGGUUCCGGCUUUCAUUCCAAAGGGAAUUCGAAUCCUCGUUUCGGUAGCUCUGCACCUCUAGACGAUGACAAUCCAUUUGCAAUCGGUUCCUCGAGCGACACCAACAGAUAUGAUAAUGACAAAUCCGAUAAUCCGUUCACAAGUGCAAAAUCACCUCGCGAUAUGGUUAUGAGUGGAGACCAAACCCCCCUUUAUGAUGAAAGCUAAUUUCCUCCCCCCCCCCGGGUUUUUCGAAAAAUAAACUAUUUUUAAUAAAAUUAAUUUAACAGAAAUUAUCGCUAUAAAAAAGCGAACCAAGAGGGAAUUUAAAUUUAGGCAUUUAAUUUUGUAAGGAAGAGCAAUUAAAUUUACGAGAAUAUGAUACUGAUAUCUAAUAAUAAAAAUAGUUUUUUUUUGGAUAAAUUUAAGUAGAAUAAUAUUAAAUUAAUAAUACAAGUAUUCUCAAGAUAAAAGUAUUAUUAAUGCCGCGCACAAUCAUUCCGUCUUUGUACAACAGGAAAUUUACUGUAAAUAAAAAUUCUCACAAACUCAGGUUCAUUUCUCUGUAGCAGGCUAUGGGAAAAACCAAAGACGUAAAAUUGUCAUUUACACCACUUUUCCCGUAGGAAAAUUUUCUACUGCCACAUUUCUAGAAAAUAGAUUAUCGUCUUUGUUAAAUAAAAUUGAAAACUACUGCCUAAAUGCAAUCUACAGUAAAAUAGUAAUUAAAAAAAAAAUUUUGUUACAAGAUAUAUACAAAUUUCAUUUUUUUAACAGGACAAAAUUUAAAAUCGCUUAUAAUUUCAAAUUUGUUUGACAAUAAUUUUUGCUUGUAAAUAUUUAUAAUUUUCUUUUUGUACAUAGGGACCCAUUUAUAAAGAAAGAAAAAAAAGGCAAUUUGUGGAUGUAAAAGUUUUCAACUUUUCUUCCCUGCUCUAAGCAUUUAUUUGAAGAUGAGAAAAAAAGGAAGGGAAUUGUAAUAUCGUUUCGUAACAUGCAAUCGCGGCUAGUGAAAAAAAAAACAAAUGCACAAUUACAACAAUACGACAGAAAAUGAAUCAAUUUUAUCCGUUUCUUUUUUAUAAACGACUGUUUUUUGUUCUUUUUACUGUACCUAAAUAAUAAGAGUUAAUUUCAAUAAAUUUUCUAAUGAAUUCAAAA